UGUCACUGAUUACUGUACUAAUCUCUACUGUCUGACCGGAAAUUGGUGAGUACUGCUCACAUGAUCACUAAGGUAUUUUUUGUGGGUUGUACGGUGCGGAAUUGUUCAAUCGUCGAGAAACCAACGAUGAUCAUCUUGAGGUCCACACCGCAGUGUAUAAUUAAUAAUUUGUGGUUAAACCCAAUUUUUUGCAGUACUUAAGUGAUUUUCAUCAUUGUAUUUGUUGGGACAUUCCAAUAUCUCGAGCAAUUAUUUAGAAAGUUGUGCAUUGAGUAAUUAUUCCCUUCAUUUCUACCCUAUCAAUGAUGAGUUUAGCCCUGAGUGAUAUAUCAGAUAAAUCACUAACUCAACCUCAAUCACAAUCUCAAUCUUCUCAUCAUCAAAGUCCUGAUGAGAAUAAUGUGGGUGGUUCACCUACUAGUGGUGGUGCAAAGAAUUUUUCUAGAACUCCAACUUCAUGGGAUGCUGAAGAUGAUAUACUAUUAAUGCAUCUUAAGGAUCAACAGAAAUUAGGAUGGAAAGAAAUCGCUAGUCAUUUUAAUAAUAGAACUCCUAAUGCUUGUCAAUUCAGAUGGAGAAGAUUAAAAUCAGGAAAUUUAAAAAAUCCUCCUAAAUCAGCAGCUGCUUUAGGAUCUCAGAUCCCGGCAAGACCAUUAAAUGAUCAAAAGAAACCAAAGAAACAACCCAUAUCAUCUUUAAAACAAGAAACAACUAGUUCAUUCCAAGGAGCUUAUUCUCCCUUAUCAAGUGCCACAUUUACUGGUUACGAUAAUAAUAUAUCAAAUGCUUUAGCUGGAUUAAAUGCAUUAUCCAAUUCUCCCUCUCACAUUUCGAGUCCACUUCCAAAUUAUAAUAUAUCAUCACAAACAAAUCCAUCAACUCCGGGUUUAAAUUCUCCUCGAUUAAAUAAUGGAAGUACAAAUGGAUCGGGUAAUCAUCACAACAACGAUAACAAUAAUAAUAAUAAUAACUCUAGUACCAGUACAAAUAAUAGUAAUAAUAAUAAUAAUGACAUUGGUGGUCCAGGUCACUUAAAUCAUACAACUUACGACAAUUCUCCAAAGACUGAAGUGCUAGAUCCUCAAACAAGAAAUAAUGCUCCUGGAAAUAAUGCUACUGGAGGGUAUUAUACAGAUAUAUCAAUUGAUCCAACAAUGAAUUUACCUCAUAAUCAACCUCAUCCUCAAACUCCAUCAGCAAUAACUCCUAGAAAUUCUACUUCACAAGCUUCAACAAAUUCAGUAGGGGUAUCUACUAGUACUGGAUUACAACAUAAUAAUUCUAUUAUUCAAAUAGUAAGAGACGAUAGAAAUUCUGUGUCUUCAUUACGAGCUUCUGUAUCUUCACUACCUUCAAAAUCUAUGAAUAUUCCUCAUCAUCAACUGAAUAGUUUGGCUCAUUUACCAAUUUUAUUUGGUGGAGCUGGAGGAAGUAUUAGUGGACCAUCAAGAAAUUCAAGUAUUAGUGGAUCAGCUGGUAUUCAACAAACUACAGUUUCAAGUUUAAGAAAUGGUAGUAUAGGUAGUGGACUGGGAUAUUAUUCUAGAUCAGGAUCAGUUGUUAUUCCAUAUAAUGCAGAUAAAAAAGAAGAAGAUUUAUUAAAAGUUGAUCGUAAAAAAGAUAAUUCAAAUCCUUCAUCAGUUACUAGAAGAGUUAUUAAAACUAAAAAGAAUAGAUCAAAUACUUCGAAAACUUCAAAUCCAGUAUUAAAUAUUCCAUGGACUAUGGAAGAAGAUGAAUUAUUAAUAAAUCGUCGUAAUCGAGAAUUAUCAUUUGCAGAAUUAUCUAUCUUAUUACCUCAAAGAACAGAAGGAGAGAUUUGGUCUAGGAUAGAUUAUUUAGAAAAAUUAAGAAAUGGUCAUCGAGCUACAGCUGUUCGAGAGCAUAGAAGAAGAAGACAAUCAUCAAUUGGAUUAGAUGAUGUUGAUGAUUUCUAUGAUGUAGAUGAUGUAAUUGGUGGAAUAGGUAGUGAAGAAGAUGAUGAUGAAGAUGAAGAUGAAGAUGUAUUGGUUGAUGUUGAUGAUUCCAUUGGAAGUUCAAGAAAGAGAAAGAAGAGAAGAGCCAGUUCAGCUGUUAAUCCAUUAACAGUGACUGAUUCAAUUAGAAGAAGAUUAAGAUGAUUUAAGAUGAUGAUGAUUGUAAUAUUAACAGACAAACCCGCAAACUCGAAGACAUAACAUUUAUGUUUGUCCCAAA